AUGGGGCCCCUCUCAGUGCCUCCCUACACACUGCACAUCACCUGGAAGGAGCUUCUACUCACAGCAUCACUUUUAAUCUUCUGGAACCCGCUUACCACUGCCCAAGUCACGAUUGAAGCACAGCCAACCAAAGUGUCUGAGGGGAAGGAUGUUCUGCUACUUGUCUACAAUUUGCCCGAGAAUCUUACUGGCUACAGCUGGUACAAAGGGCAAAUAAUGGACCUCCAGCAUUACAUUGCAGCAUAUACAACAGACACUGAAAUGAUUAUAUUUGGGCCUGCAUACAGUGGACGAGAAACAGUAUAUUCCAAUGCAUCCCUGCUGAUCCAGAAUGUCACCAAGAAUGACACAGGAUCCUACACCAUUCAAAUCACAAAACGAGGUGAUGGGACUAAAGGAGUAACUGGACAUUUCACCUUAUACCUGGAGAUUCCCAAGCCCUACAUCUCCAGCAGCAACUUAAACCCCAGGGAGUGCACGGAGACUGUGAUCUUAUCCUGUGAUCCUGACACUCAGGAUGUAAGCUACCUGUGGUGGAUAAAUGGUCAGAACCUCCCUAUCAGUAGCAAGUUGCAACUGUCUGAAAACAACAGGACCCUCAGUCUAUUUGGUGUCACAAAGGAUACUGCAGGACCCUAUGAAUGUGAAAUGAAGAACCCAGGGAGUUCCAGCCGCAGUGACCCAGUCACCUUGAAUCUCCUCUAUGGCCUGGACGCUCCCACCAUUUCUUCUUCAUACCCCUAUUACCAUCCAGGGGAAGUCCCCAAGCUCUCCUGCCUCACAGACUCUCACCCACUGGCAGAGCAUUCUUGGCUGAUUGAUAGGAAGUUCCAGCAAUCAGCACAAAUGUUCUUUAUCCUCCAAAUCACUAAAACAUAUAGAGGGGUCUAUGUCUGUUUCAUGCAUAACUCAGUCACUGGUGGAAAAAUCUCAUAA